AGUAGAGACGCUCGUGGCCCGUCCCUCUCUGCUGCCUCUCAGGUAGGGCCUCAGAGCAAAGAUGGCGACGGACAAACAGAAACAUGAAGGCAGGGUGAAAAUCGGACAUUAUAUCCUCGGAGACACAUUAGGAGUGGGAACGUUUGGAAAAGUCAAAGUUGGGCAACAUGAGCUGACCAAGCACCAGGUGGCGGUGAAGAUACUGAACCGGCAGAAGAUUCGCAGUCUGGAUGUGGUGGGAAAGAUUCGACGUGAGAUCCAGAACCUCAAACUCUUCCGUCACCCACAUAUAAUCAAGCUUUAUCAAGUGAUCAGCACACCAACAGACAUCUUCAUGGUGAUGGAAUAUGUUUCAGGAGGAGAGCUCUUUGACUACAUCUGUAAAAACGGAAAGUUGGAUGAGAAGGAGAGCAGGCGUCUGUUUCAGCAGAUCAUCUCUGGAGUGGACUACUGUCACAGACACAUGGUAGUGCACAGAGACCUGAAACCUGAGAACGUCCUACUGGAUGCGAAUAUGAAUGCCAAGAUUGCAGAUUUUGGUUUGUCAAACAUGAUGUCGGAUGGAGAAUUCUUGAGGACCAGUUGUGGCUCUCCAAAUUAUGCUGCUCCUGAGGUCAUCUCUGGAAGAUUAUAUGCAGGGCCUGAGGUGGACAUCUGGAGCAGCGGGGUGAUCUUGUACGCUCUGCUGUGCGGAACGCUGCCGUUCGACGAUGACCACGUGCCAACACUGUUUAAGAAGAUCUGCGAUGGCAUCUUCUUCACGCCUCAGUACCUGAACCCCUCUGUCACUAGCCUUUUGAAGCACAUGCUCCAGGUGGACCCCAUGAAGAGAGCCACCAUUAAAGAGAUUCGGGAGGAUGAGUGGUUUAAACAAGACCUCCCCAAGUAUCUGUUCCCAGAGGACGCUGCAUACAGUAGCAACAUGAUUGAUGAGGAGGCGCUGAAGGAGGUGUGUGAAAAGUUUGAGUGCACAGAAGAGGAGGUGCUGAAUUGUCUGUACAGUCGAAAUCACCAUGAUCCUCUUGCUGUUGCCUAUCACUUGAUCAUAGACAACCGCCGCAUUAUGAGCGAGGCCAAAGACUUCUAUCUGGCCUCCAGUCCACCCGACAGCUUCCUGGACGAUCUGCCCGCGCACCACACUGUUAAGGUUCACCCUGAAAGAGUGCCCUUCCUGAUGACUGAGUCUCAGACCCGUCCCCGGCACACGUUGGAUGAACUGAACCCCCAAAAGUCCAAGCAUCUUGGGGUCCGGCGGGCCAAGUGGCACUUGGGGAUCCGUAGCCAGAGCAAACCAAAUGACAUCAUGAGCGAAGUCUGUCGUGCCAUGAAGCAGCUGGACUACGAGUGGAAGGUUGUGAACCCAUUUUUCUUGCGGGUGCGGAGGAAGAACCCAGUUACUGGCAUGCACGCCAAGAUGAGCCUUCAGCUCUACCAGGUUGACAGCAGGACCUAUUUACUGGACUUCAGGAGCAUCGAUGACGACAUGAUGGAAGGGAAAUCAGGGACUGCCACGCCUCAUCGUUCUGGCUCAGUUGGCAACUACCGGACUACCCUAAAGAAUGACAAGAACGACUGUGAUGAUGUGGUUAAGGGUGACGCGUCCGCACCCUCUACGCCUCCGAUAUCCGGAGGGAAGCUGGCGGAAGGCUCUCUGGCUUCUUCUCUUACCUCCUCAGUGGAUUCCACCGGGGGAGAGAUUCUUCCCCGCCCAGGAAGUCACACCAUAGAGUUUUUCGAGAUGUGCGCCAACCUCAUCAAGCUACUAGCACGAUAACUUGGAUGCCUUCUCCCUCUCUCCCUCUCUCCCUCUCUCUCUCUCUCUUUCUCUCUUCCUGGCUUUUUCUCUUCUAGAAUACUGUCUACCUCUUUGUCCUCUGGUAUCUGUCUUCAUCCACAGCAGUCCUUGUCUCUCUCUCUCUCUGUUCUCUCUGUGUCUUUAGAGCAAUAAGCAUGCAGACUCCCGACUCCAUGCAUCUCAUUUGCAUGAACAAGCUGAAUGGUCAGCGGCACUACAGUUGCCAGUAUCAGCCUGUUUGAGGGGUCUGCAGGACGUUUGAGAAUCGAGAUAAGGUGCGAGAGGAAAAAGCAUAGAGGUUAUCUCAUUUGUGCCACAGUCAAGAUGUCAGAAUGAUUGCUAAGCCUCUUUAUAGAAUCAAUACUCUUUUAAAGAUGGUUUUACAAUUCCUUUCUUGGGUUUUAUAGCAAGGAGCUCCUUGCAGAGAGUGAGGCCGAGAGGCGUCUGCGCAUUCAAAUGUCUGAAUUAUACACUGAGCUAGCUGUACUUCACACACAAUGAUGUUGUGAUUCUUGGCAGAAAUGGCCCUUUUCAGGCACACGGGACAACAAAUUAGGCAGAAAGCGCUUUUGCACAGUUUUACUUGCAAGUUUCUUUGCGCCACUGUCAUGACCGGCAGUCUUAGUAAAGUGACCUGCUGGGCACUUGAAUGGGAGGAGCCAAUUUAAAGUGGGCCACUGAUGGGAGGGGCCAACUUAAUAUGAUGGGCACUUUAACACAAAUGGACUUUACAAGUCGGCCUUUCUUAGAGAAGAGUCUAAUGCAAGACAUCAGUUUAUCCUGAGGAAGUGCAAUGUCUUUGCCUCUUUCAUUUCAUAGAUCAGAAAAUCUUUUUUUCAAAUGUUUUGCAAUCAAGUCUUUGUCAUGUCACAACGCACCAUUUCUCUUUUCAUUCACUUACAUUUUCCAUAAAUAUAAGUAUAUACAGAAUUUAAAAUGCAUUUGGAUUUAUAUUUAUCAGUGCUUUAAAUGGGUUUGUGGAUUAUAUUGAAAUUGUGACGAUGGACUGAAUUAUUUUUUUUAAGAAAUAUUUGAAUAUUUUGCUGUAAAAUGUUUUAUUCCAUACCCUGCUAUAUCAGAUUUCUUACUGUUUUAAUUGUUUUACAAAACAAUAAUAAGAAUUGGCUGUUCCAUAUUUCCUUCUCUUUUCCCAAAUUGAGUUUCUGUAGUCUUAAGGAACCAAUAUUAGAACUUCUGUAAGGUUUUAUUUUACAAUCUCAUGAAAAAUAGAGGCACAAAUAGGUUUAUAAACACUUAAAAAACUAGAGUCAAGAUCGAACUAUUCAACCGAGAAUUUUUUAUAGUACAGAAUAUACCAACAAAGUACUUUCUGUAUUUUCUAGAAAAGUUAUUAUUUGCUACGUCGAUCCAGACUUAAGCUUUUUCCUGUUUGUAAAUGACAGUGUGGAUGUAUGAUUAAAUGGUAAAAUGAUCUGCAAAAAUGCAUGUGAUUCACGUGACCUUAUUUGAGACUGCACCGUGCUGUGAAUAAUGCACAGUAUUCAAGUACUGAAAUCCAUGUCUACAAAUGACAAACAAGACUGCAACUAAUAAACAUUGAAAACCUAUGUUAUGAAGGGUUUUAGGGACCAAAAUAAGCCUUUUUUUUCUUAAUUGUUUGCAACUGCAUCUCGCUUCUCUUGCCUGUCCAUUCCCUAAACACUGGAGUGCUAUCUUUAUUCCAGAAAGCCUUCAAAUAUAAAUAUAACAAAGUCAUUUUGAAUUCAAAUUUGUAUUUUUGUGUGAAUGGCACCAUCCAUACAAGUGCAAUGUUAAAGCAAACUAAAAUAAAAAUAACUUGAUGCACAUUCUUACAGGAAAAAGUAAUACAAAGACUGGUUCACACAAACCGCAAUAUUACAUUAAAAAUAGAUUUUUUUUAUUUGAUUCAUUGAUCUAUUGUAUAAUAUUAUGUUACACAUGAACAUCUAGUGACCUGACAACAGGUUAGGAUUUAGUCUUUUAUUUUUUUUAACUGCACUGUCCUUACAGAUACUUUAUUAACGAGACUUUAAAGCAAAAUCUUGACAAUCUAUGCCUUGCAAACCAGCUUGGAGACAAAUCCUGAUUAAAGACUUCUCUGUAUUCUUCACCAGUUUUUUUCUCCAAAUUUUUUCGGAUGUAGUAGUCAAAAGAUAGAUCCAACUGCCUUACUUUUGGGAAAAAAUCAGUGAGCAAUUUAUACCCCAAAUAAUAAAAAAUAAAAAAAGAUGAAAGAUUGGCAAGACACCCAUUUAGCUGUCUUCGGUCCAUGUAUGUUAAAACACAUUAUUAGGCCACAAGCAGAUCAAAGCCACAUUGUAGCUAGUAGCCCAUUCGGUGUAUAUACUGGCUGUGUUUUUGUUCAGUCAUAGAAAAGAGAAAAUAAAAAAAUCUGUUGUAUUGCUUCGAAAAUUUGAUUUAUGGUCAUGAUCUGUGCGGAAGGGGACCUCAUUGAGGCUUGCCAAUGUAAAUUUACAGAUGAUUUCUGAUCAUUUACCAUUAACAGAUGAUUUGUAAAUACAACUGGCUAAUAAAAGCUACAACAGAU